UCCUCGUUCUCACCAGCCGCGCGCGUGCAUCCGAGACCCCCCGCCCCCCCAACCACCACCCGACCCUCCUCAACUGUCAUUCAAGAGCCUACCAGGGGUUCGGCUGCAACACUUCCACGGGGAGGAAACUCCAGAAAAAUACUAACGGAGGACCGCCACCCCGCCUCCCCAGCCCAGACCUUCCGCGGGAAACGAGCGCUGCUCUCCGGUCAUCAACAGAUCGGCGAAUCGGUGGUCCGCGGACGAUGUGGAGCAGGCAAGACAAUGCGGAGGCAUGCAUGUGAGCGAGCAUGAUCGAAGCAUAUGACCGACUCGUGAGCGCCGAUAUCGGCUGUAAUCGCCGCGAAAGGUCGGUCCACCUCCGGAGCAAAAUGAAUACAUAAAUAAAUAUAGAAAUAAACGAGGUGGUUCCGUUCAGAGCGUCAAUAUGACCCGAACAUCAUCACCAUCAUCAUCCGGCACCGUUGUGACGGAACGGGCCCGCGGGGAUCGUGGCACCGCUUUUACGCGACAGACCACAUAGUGAGCGACCACAUUGUGUGAAGGAAGGCUGACAUGGACAAAAGAAGAGAAGGGCUGUGAGAGAAAAAAAAAGAAAAAGAAGAAAAAGGGAUAAAAUGAAAGGAGAAGAAUAAAAAAAAAACUAGCAGAGAAAGUCCGGCAGAUCUUCAAGUUUGGACCGAGCCAAGUCCCCAAAAACCUCGUCCUCCUUCUUCCUGGGCUUCUUCUUGAAUCCUAAAGGAUCUUCACAGACUCGCACAGCGAGUCUGUGAACAGGUGAGAGAGGGACACUGUCUGCCCCACUGUCCAGCGACACCAUGAGCUGGAGCUUCCUCACGCGGCUGCUGGAGGAGAUCCACAACCACUCCACCUUCGUGGGGAAGCUGUGGCUCACCGUGCUCAUCGUCUUCCGUAUCGUCCUCACGGCCGUCGGGGGGGAGUCGAUCUACUACGACGAGCAGAGCAAGUUCGUGUGCAACUCGGGGCAGCCGGGCUGCGAGAACGUCUGCUACGAUGCCUUCGCCCCCCUCUCGCACGUCCGUUUCUGGGUCUUCCAGAUCAUCCUGGUGGCUAUGCCGUCCCUCAUGUACAUGGGCUACGCGGUCAAUAAGAUUGCGCGGCUGGACGAAGCCAAGGGAGGAGCCGGGGCCGCGGCGGUGAGAACCGCCGGGGGAGGGGGUUACACGCACAGGAAGCCCAGGAAAAUCUGCUUCGGGGCGCGACAGCACCGCGGCAUCGAGGAAACGGAGGAGGAUCACGAGGAUGAUCCCAUGAUCUACGAGGUCCCGGAGAUGGAGCCUCCUAAAAGGCCUCGCGAUCCGCUGCAACCCACCCCCCGACCCAAGAUCCGCCAUGACGGCCGCACGCGCAUCCGAGACGAGGGGCUGAUGCGGAUCUACGUUCUGCAACUGGUGACCCGCACGGUGCUGGAGGCGGGCUUCCUGGCGGGUCAGUACCUGCUGUACGGCUUCCGCGUGACGCCCGUCUUCGUGUGUUCGGGGAAGCCCUGCCCCCACAGCGUGGACUGUUUCGUGUCGCGGCCCACGGAGAAAACCAUCUUCCUGCGAAUCAUGUACGGCGUCACCGUCCUCUGCCUGACGCUCAACGUGUGGGAGAUGCUCCACUUGGGCAUCGGCUCCAUCUGCGAUAUUCUACGCCGCCGCCGCUGCCCGCCUCCGGAUGACGAGUAUCAGCUGGGCUUGCUGGGCACCAACGUGGCCGGCGAGGGCUCGGUCGGCGCCGCCGGACCGGAGGCGGGCUCCGAAGGCGACGCGGGCGGCGACGGACCGGCCGACUACGUGGGCUACCCGUUCUCCUGGAACACCCCGUCGGCGCCGCCCGGCUACAACAUCGUGGUGAAACCGGAGCAGAUGCCCUACACCGACCUGAGCAACGCCAAGAUGGCGUGCAAGCAGAACCGGGCCAACAUCGCCCAGGAGGAGCAGCAGCAAUUCGGCAGCAACGAAGACAACUUCCCCACCGGAGGCGAGGCCCGCGUGGCGAUCAACAAGGACAUGAUUCAGCAGGCCCACGACCAGCUGGAAGCCGCCAUUCAGGCUUACAGCCAGCAGCACCGCGCCGAGGAGCACCUCGCCGACAGCCAGGACGACAAACCCCAGAGCAACAUUAUCCAGACUCAGCCUCACAAAGAACGCAAGCACAGACUCAAGCACGGCAAGGGGGGCGGCGGCAGCGGCGGGGGCAGCAGUAGCAACAGCAGCAGCAGCAAAUCAGGGGAGGGAAAGCCCUCGGUAUGGAUUUAAAUCAGACUCCGGUCAAAACCGACAGUGCCUUAAGCGGGUGUUCCUAAACCUUUUGGCUCCGGGAAUUCCUUUCAGGGGACACAUUUUUUCCAAGGGCCCCUUCGAAGGGGGUGUCGGCCCGCUUUGCCGAUUAGAACAAGAACACCUGAUGAAGCCCGCGACGCUAUUCAACCCCGGAGAACCCACAGGGUCAAAUUUGGCCCCUAUAAAUCCUGCUAUUCAAAUGCUACCCUUAAAUCCCAAAGGGUCAAAUUUGGCAUUGAAUAUUUGGGAAAAAAAACAUAUUUUGGUUUUCGGUGAACAUAUAGCAGUCAUUUAAUUUAUAAGUCAUCAUUUUCCAAAGAAGAAAAGGGUUCUUGGGUUCUCCAGGGUUAAAAAAAUUAUAAUAAAUCAGGCCGUGUGGAGUAUUAGUGUUGAAAAAAUGUGUGUGUGUGUGUGUGUGUGUGGCGGGGGGGGGGGGGGGUUAUGACACCCUCAUGCCAGUAGGCGGCACGAAUGAUAAUAAUAAUGAUGGGAGUGGCACCUUGAGCAACCGGUUAGUACGCCCGCCUCACAGAAGCGCAAGGGUUCGAUUCUGCUCUGUCAAGCUUGCAUGUUCUCCCCGGUGCCUGCGGUUUUUCCCCGGGUACUCCGGUUUCCUCCUCCAUUCCAAAAACAUGAGAUGGGUGGAUGGGGUGCGAAUGUGAGUGCGAAUGGUCAUCUAUGUGUGCCCUGCGAUUGACUGGCAACUAGUUGAGGGUGAGCCCCGCCUACUGCACGAAGACAGCUGGGAUAGGCUUCAGCACACCCGCAAACGUCAUGAGGAUAAAGCGGAUUAGAAAAUGGAUGGAUAUGGAUAUGGGUAUUUCUUUAAUGUAUUCAGGACCUAAUCCAUUCAGUGACUACAGAUGAGUAGCAAGAGUGUUCAAAUUUAUUCCAGCGCCGACCUCUGUUUAAUUGGUGAUGGGAUCAUGAGCAGGUCUGGGGAAAAAUGUGUCCCCCCCCCCCCUUCCCCAGAGCCAAAAAGUUUGAAAACUCCAGCCUUUGAGAAAUCCUGCGAGCUGGACAAACUUUUUAUUGUGUACGAUAUGAUGCAGCUGACGCGUUUCGUCUGGGCUGUUAUUGUCAAACAUUGUCACUCUUGUGUCGCAUUCCCCUAAAGUUUGUCCUCGUUACCUGCCUUUUUGGAAGGGGGGGGGGGGGUAAAUUACC